AUGGACUGUGUGCCACUGAAAGCAAAGAAACUAGAGGAGGUACAUUCAGAAAAUAAGUGGGGACACGCUGAUUCUGACUCCGACUUCGAUGAGUACGACCAGGAGGAUCGCGGCCUCAUCCUCAGACAGAAUUUAGCUGUUGUCCUCAUGAGGUUCAUAGAACAGGAGUCAAUGUCGUCUGUUGAGGGUACUCUACGCACCCUGAGGAUUCUGUCCAGGGGACAAGAAGGUCCUGGGCCUUUGGUGACCGACAGCGCUCUCCUGACUCUGGCCAACUAGCCGGCCUGAACCCACGAGUGGACGUCCAGCGACGAAGCCAACAACCCCGACUCUGAUUCUAUGACAACAUCAUCGCUUCUUGCUGAGGCCAAAGCGCUACAGAGUCGCACUGACGAUGACGAAGGCGAAGCUGACGCCAGCGAAAACGAGGAAGGCUGUGCCUUUGAUGAAGAUGCCAAGAGCGACAUCAGCAUCGCCACCAGCGGGGACAUGGACAGCAUCAGCUGGUUCGGGAGCCACAGGACCAGCAUCAACGAAAUGCACAGAGGCGGCCUCCAUCACAAGGUGCUGGAGCGAGGGAGGAGGGACCGGAGGGAGAGCAAGAUGGAGAUGGAGGAAGAGGAGGAGGAGGAAGGGGAGUCAGGGGAGGAGGCUCAGAGAAAGGAGGCCAUGAAGGUGUUGUGUAACGUGGUGUAUAACAGCACCUGGGCGCAGGCAGAGUUCAGUGGCCUCAGGCUCCUGUGUGGCCUCAUAGAGUGUCUGUCCUCCAGUGUGAACUGCUCGUCUCCCUCCAGCGUUCAGUUCUAUGAAUUACGCCUCAUGUUCCUCAUUACUGCACUACGGCCAGAGCUCAGCACUCAGCUUCAGCAGGAGGGAGGAGUGUCGAUCCUCACAACGGCCUUGGAGAGCUGCCUGGAGGUGCAGUGGAAGGACCAGUAUGAGUGUGUACUGGACCCCGCGACACCACCCAUCUCUCUGGAAGCCUCUCAGCGCGUCACUGAGAUCCUCAAAAUCCUCUUCAACAUCACCCACAGCACCCACAGGCAGGAUCCAAGUGAGGACGAUGCGGCUCUGUACCGACACCUGGUGGCGAUCCUGCGACUCUGCCUGAUGAGGAAAUGUACGCUGUCGGACGACACUGAUGAGCUGCAGGGUCACACGGUCAACCUGCUGUCAGCGCUGCCUCUCCAGUGUCUCGACGUGCUGCUGAUGGUUCCUCUGGAGCCGGACUCAAAGCAGUGUCAGGGGGUCAACAUGGACUGCGUGCACAUGCUGCUGAUGUUCAUGGAGAGACGUCUGGAGUCGGGGGAUAAGAUCAAAGAGAAGCUGACACCGAUCCUCAAUCUACUGACAGAGAGCUGCAGGGCCCACAGAGAAACACGCCACUACACCAGGAAACAUAUUCUGCCUCCUCUGAGAGAUGUAUCACAUCGACCCGAGGAAGGCUCCACAGUGAAGAGUCGUCUGAUUCGUCUCAUGACUCAUCUAGACACAGAUGUCAAACACUGUGCUGCUGACCUAAUCUUUGUCCUGUGCAAAGAAAAUGUGAGCCGUUUUGUCAAGUACACAGGUUACGGUAAUGCAGCGGGCCUGUUGGCCACCAGAGGUCUGCUGGGAGGUCAGGGGCCCCGGACCUCCAGCUCUGACGCCCAGUACUCCAGCGACUCCGACUCCGACACCGAAGAGUACCGGCAGCUCAAAGACCGCAUCAACCCGGUGACGGGGCGGGUGGAGGCGGAGCAGCCGGAUCCUAUGGAGGGCAUGACGGAGGAGGAGAAGGAGGAGGAGGCCAAGAGGCUCAUCAUACUCUUCAACAAGCUGUCUAGGGAUAACAUCAUCCAGCCGAUGGAAGUGGAUGCAGAAGGGAAGCUCGUCCCGAUGUCAGGACUUGGAGGCAACUCUCUUGCCGAGGACGCAAAGUCUGAGUCAGAGAAUGACGGUGAAGCAGGUGAAGGAGAGAAGGACUGAAACAUGUCAAAUCCACUCAUUCACUUUAUUGAUUUUUUUCUUUUCCUGAUUAUCCCAUUUCUCAAGUUGGUCAGUGGAUAAAUAUCUAUUGUAACUGUGUGGAUGGUGCAGAAGGAAAGAGCUGCAGUUCUUGUCCAGACCCAGCUAGCCACUCUGACAACUUAAGAAAGGAUAAAAAAGGUUGUUUAAUUUUUUUUCUUUUUUGGAUGCAGACUAAUAAUUUAGAGCAGCAAUAAGGUCACACUGGUUUGAAUGAAACUCUGAAUCAGUAGUAGCUCCUGAGAAGGAAUUGAUUUCAUGGCGAUAAUAACCCAUAAAUGUUUGAAUAAAGUCUUAAAAUCUUA